UGUAGUGAGCUCCAGGCAGCCGACCAGCUCUAUCUAGUCUCUCUCUCUCUCUUUCUGAGCCAAAGGAGUGUGUGUGUGUAUGUGAACAAGAGUGUGUUUGGAAAUAAAAACACACCCUGCUACUUGUACCGUUUCUGCUACUGAGCCUUUCUGACACCCUGGGCUUUUUUUGGGAUUGAAAUCAUCUUCCAACCUAUUGGAUUUAUCCUGUGGACUGACUUAUAUUUUCUUUAAGGAUAUUCUUUUUUUAAAUUCCCUUUUUAUUGCUUUUGCAGUAGGACGUUCAGCAUGUUAGAGAGAGCGGGUGUCUACACGUCAAGCACGGGUUUGUGAAACAAGAGCCAGGGAGGCGGAAAGCUGCAGGAGCACAGGAAAAGCGAGUGAUAUUCCACGUCCGAGCCACCAGGCUGGAUACUUUAUUCAUGCUCUUGCUAGGAGUGCGGCUACAGGAUAGCAGGCUGACUGUGGGGCCUGACUUCAAAACCCAACCAUCCUGGAUUUGAGCCCGCAGUACCGCAGACGGACAGGGCUUGGAUAAAUGGUCUUAACGCCAUGACCGUCCUGCUUCGGGAGAUACGGGAACAGUUUACUGCCCAAAGGCGACUCUCUGUUCUAUACAAAAGGGUUUAAUUAGGGAACGCAAUUUCCCCUUGAUAAAAAAAUAAGGAUUCUGCAUGCAGUAGGCAACUUUUUCUUUCUUUGCCUUCUUUUUUAUUUUAGUCCUUUUUGCCUUUGAAUACUUCACAUAAUCGCAUGCCUACACAGGAGAAGACUGCCUAAGGUUUGUCUGAAAGCGAGGCGCUUUCUUUAUAGGUUUAUCAACCAUGGCAAAGCCUUUGAUUGCAUGAACUGUGGACACUGUAAUACAAGACAGGAGGUCACCGGUACAAACAAGGAUCAGUUCAGCAAAUACCAGCUUGGGCAGGAUAUAACCAAAGAGACCUCUUUGACGAGACGGACAAACAUCUUGUGAAAGAACAGAAAGGAGAGAUUAAAGCUUCAUUGGAUUUUGGGUGGCUACAGAGGAUUAAGAGGCAUUUCUGAAUCAGGGCAACAACCAGAAAGUGGACAGUAGCGAUGGCAUGCAAAUACAAGUCCUUCUUUGUCUUCAUGAUCAGAGCCGGGCUUCUGCUUGGCCUGGCCAAUCCGCUGGUGACCUCAGCCUCCUGUCCCUCACAGUGCCGGUGCGAUGGGACUUUUAUCUACUGCAAUGAUCGGGAGUUGACUUCCAUUCCCUCGGGAAUCCCAGAGGACGCCACGGUACUUUUUCUCCAGAACAACCACAUUAAAAGUGCGGGAAUCCCUACGGAUCUGCGAAGGCUAAACAACGUAGAAAAGAUCUACUUGUACUGCAACAACCUGGAUGAGUUUCCGACCAACCUGCCACUGAAUGUCAAAGAGCUUCAUUUACAGGAAAACAACAUCCGGACUAUUACUCACGCCUCCCUGGCACAGAUUCCCUUUAUUGAGGAAUUACAUCUCGAUGACAAUUCUGUGUCAGCUGUCAGCAUCGAAGAGGGUGCGUUUCGGGACAGCAACCAUCUGAGGCUUCUCUUCCUAUCCCGCAACCACCUCAGCACUAUACCUUCUGGUCUACCGAUGACUAUCGAGGAGCUUCGCUUCGAUGACAACCGCAUCUCCUCUAUCUCUGAGGCUUCCCUGCAGGAUCUUAUAAACCUGAAACGACUGGUUCUGGAUGGCAACCUUCUAAACAACCGGGGUAUUGGAGAGAUGGCUCUCAUAAAUUUAGUCAACCUUACCGAGCUUUCGUUGGUACGGAAUUCCCUUACGUCCCCACCUGCCAAUCUGCCAGGCUCGAGCCUGGAGAAGUUAAAUCUUCAAGACAACCACAUCAAUCACGUGCCAGCAGGUGCCUUUGCUUUUUUGAGACAGCUGUACCGUCUGGAUCUGUCAGGCAACAACCUGAGCAGUUUGCCCAACGGGGUAUUUGAUGACCUGGAUAACCUCACCCAGCUGCUCUUGCGUAACAACCCCUGGAAUUGCAACUGCAGAAUGAAAUGGGUACGUGAUUGGCUACGGACCCUACCAUCUAAAGUUAACGUGCGCGGCUUUAUGUGCCAGGGCCCCGAUAAGGUCAAAGGAAUGGCCAUCAAGGAUCUAGCAACUGAACUGUUCAGCUGCUCUGAAACCGAUGACUCGCCUACAUACGAGACUAGUACCGUCUCAAACACCUUGCCACCCUCGAGGCCUCAGUGGCCAACGUAUGUGACUAGAAGACCUGUGGUUAAAGGUCCAGAGUUGGGAAGAAACUAUCGUAGCACAACGCCGUCUAGUCGUAAGGUUAUAACAAUAAACGUCAAAUCUAGUAGUGCUGAGACAGUGCACAUAUCUUGGAGAGUAUCUCAACCCAUGACUGCCCUAAGGCUCAGCUGGUUAAAGCUGGGCCACAGUCCUGCCUUCGGAUCCAUAACCGAGACCAUUGUUCAAGGGGAAAGAACCGAGUACCUCCUUACAGCUCUGGAGCCUGAAUCUUCUUAUCGGAUAUGCAUGGUUCCCAUGGAAACAAGUAACAUUUACCUGUCAGACGAGACGCCGGUUUGCAUCGAGACAGAAACUGGCUCCCUAAAAGCAUACAAUCCCACCACAACCUUGAACAGAGAGCAGGAGAAAGAGCCUUACAAAAAUUCAAAUCUGCCUUUAGCUGCUAUUAUCGGAGGAGCCGUAGCCCUUUUGGCCAUCAUCAUGUUGGCCCUGGUGUGUUGGUAUGUCCACAGGAACGGUUCCUUAUUUUCCAGGAACUGCACGUACAACAAGGGUCGCAGGAGGAAGGACGAUUAUGCAGAAGCUGGAACAAAGAAGGACAACUCCAUCUUGGAGAUUAGAGAGACAUCUUUUCAAAUGAUACCUAUAAAUCACAUGCCAGUGUCUAAAGAGGAAUUUGUCAUACACACUAUUUUUCCUCCUAACGGCUUAAGCCUUUACAAGUCUCCACACAGCGAAAACAGCAUCAACAACAGAAGCUACAGAGACAGUGGAAUACCAGAUUCAGACUAUUCUCAUUCAUGAUAGUGUGCACGGAUUACAAAGACGCUUUAUUGCGAAUAAGUGACUUCGAGACUGCUUGGUCUUUUGCAAAACACUGGAUUGAAAAGACUGAGAAAGCAUCGUUAUGUACAUUUGCCAUAUAAUUUAUAUUUAAGGACGAUUUAUUAAAAAGGAGAGAAAAGGUUUCCGAUCGCAGGCCAUCACUGAGUCAUUGGUGUACGCUGCCACAAACCGCAAUUCUAUAUUUUAGAGAUUUGUAGUAAUUUGUACUGUACUUCCUUUACUUAUGGUUUUAGACCAAUUAAAAAACUUUGUGCUCUACUGAGAUAUGAUGACUUGUCAACUGUGAAAGUGGGUUUUCAUUGCUGUGUUGAACAAUCAGAUUUUAGGAAACCAUGUAGUAUAAGCACAGGUCAAAACUAUUGCUAUGUUGCUGUCAGUGAAAAAAUACAACAAAAAACAAGACUGCAGGUAUGUAGGGCCUAUCUGAUCAAAGUUAAACUAGUGUUUUGUUCAUUCUAAGGACAGGAGGGUGGUCACAGAUUUACAGGUAUCAUAAACUGCCCGUUCCAGAAAGUUGCCUGGCAUCUCUGCAAAAAUUAGGAAGCAGCUAUCUAUAACUCCCCCCCCCCAAUCCUGGAACCGGCUCCAACACAGCACAGAAUCCAAAAUCCUGCGCCUUGGCCAGACAGUUCUGCCCUGGCACAUGGCAAACGAAGCACAGAGAUCAAAUGAAAGGUUAUUUUUUGGUCAAAUCAGCACGGACAGGCUGAAACACAAUUCAGUAUUGUUUAUCCAGUCAGUAUCCCCAGUACAUUUAAGAAUCUCAUUGCAAAAACAGCACUCUAAAACGAAUAUGUUCUGGGCAGUAAAAAUAUGGCAAGAAAGACAUUUGGGCUCUUUUAUAUUUGGAAUAUAAAGUGUCAACUAUUUUUUUGUUCAUAUAAUUCUUAUUUGUCUUUUUUUUCUAAUUCAAGCCACUUUUACGUUGCCACAGUUGAAAGUUAAUUGUUCUUUACAACUGAAGACCAAAGUGCAUUGUAUGCCCUUUGGCCAGUCUUGUAUGUGCCUUGAUCCAAUGCUUAUUGUAUUUAGCUUUUUCACAAAAAAUAAAUCAGUGACUUAACUUUUUCAUACACACUUGAAUAUGAUAGGAUAUUGGUCAUAUUGCAAAAUAAAAGUGGAUCAAAACCCAA